AUGGUGAUACGCUAUUGUGUCCGACGAGCUUCGACUGUCGCGAGUAACAACACGAGCAAGAAUAAAAAUGGCCGCAUCCCGAAGCCCAAGGAGAAAUCCCAUACGGGCCGUCCGCGAUACAGACGCACCGAGAUCGUCAGUGAGAAGCUCUGCAAUGACAUCGCCGACCGACUUCGCGACACGUUGCCCGCUCCUCACACAUGCGAUCUAAUCGAUAUCAACCCCAGCAGAGGCACCUGGUCGCGAAAGCUCCAUGACCUGCUACAGCCACGACGACACGUCCUUGUUGAACCGGCGCUUUCCUCCUACUCCGACCACCUCACACCUCUGCUGAACGCGAAAGACUCCAAAUAUCGACAUGCCGUGCUGCUCGAAGAUGCGUUGCAUCCGGACAGCGGUCUGUUGUCCAAGCAGGUCACAAGUCAAGUCGACGACUCAAACUAUGCCACAAACCCCAAUCCGUCUCUGCUCAUCACGGCCAAUCUGUCGGGAGCGAACCUGAAAAUGAGCAACUACGCGGGGACGCAAAGCCGGAAGUUCUUUGACGAUCUAUACCUCUCACUAUGGAAGAUUCGCAGCAACAUUCAUCGAUACGGCCUGGUGCGACUGCUGGUAUGGAUCCCAGACGAUGAGAAGGACGCAUACAUUCCUCGAACGGUGUCUGCGCGUCGCAAACAGGCUGUCAUGUUGGAAGCAAGUUAUAAGAUCUCCGAAGUGGCCGGGACCUCGACACAUACCAAGACUACACGCCUGAGAAGGUGGCCUGAGUUAGACCGCGAAGACGCAGCUCGAGUCGCAGCGAAAGAGGCUGCUGCAGGAUACAGAACACCGGUGUCAAGAAGAGACACGACUCCGUUGCCACAUCUUCUGAGCGUCGAACCUGUCCCGAAAGAGAUACGAAAAGUGGCCUUCACGACUGACGCGGAAUGGGUCCCCCAGUUUCUGGAACUAGAGCACCGUCUGCGGAAAGGAGAUGCGGCCUGGUUCAAGAAGUAUGCCUACGUGAAAUAUCCGCCCAGAGGCGUCCUCGACACACCCGACCGCCGAGCCUGGCGCGAGCUAAGACGGCGCGCGAAAACGGCCUACACGACCCAUAUGAAAGCAGUCGGUCUCAUCAACGAGGAACGCCAACUCGUAUCGGAGUGGAAGAAGCUCCUUCUGAACGCGUCAGGCUCGGACAAACCUCUCCAGCCGCAAGAUGAAGAGCGACUGAAGUCCCACGCGGAGUCGCUCAAUGCCCAGGUCAAGAAACUCAACCGGACCAACAGGAGUUUUGCCGAGAAGGCCAUCGACGACUGCAGAGCCUACGACAUGGACCCGCCCGUGAUGGCGUGGAAUCAACGUGAAGCGGAGCCCCUGAUCGUCCACGACGGCGAGUUCGAGCCUCAUGAGCUUCCCAUGGCUCUUCUGGACGUUGUCCCACGUCCAGAGUUCCUCUUCAGGAUCGACACGCAUGACCGGAUGGUCUGCUUCGGCCACGUCGUGAGACAGCUGUAUCCGUAUUUCGCCAAAAGCGUGGCCGAGGGCCUGAAGUCGCUGGUCCACGAAGGGCUGGAAGACUUCGCCGCCACCGUCCCCGGGAUCCACGAUCCUACCAGGGGUGGAUGGUACGACUUGUCGGCGUUCAGAGUGCGUGCUCUUCCUGCGGACAUGUUUGUCGAGAUCGCGUUGGCAUAUGAGAGAUGGCCCUUCCGCCCGUCCACGGAGAGUAUCUUGAUGUUGGGCGCCGAUCCGCAGGCCACGUAUAGUCUUGGUGAUGAUGAUUAA